AUGACCACAAGGAACAACACCGGCCCCGACGAACUCCUUCCGCUAACGGACCCUGAAGCCAUCAUUCGAGCCGGGAACGCCGAAAACCGCCGCACCAAACAACUUCAAGCUACCUCAACUGCCCCUCGUCUACCCGACUCAACCAAAAUGUCUGACGAAACGACCCCGACUCAUGAAACAUCGGGGUCGACUCGCACUGCGGACGCAGCGGAUAUGCAGACAGCCAAGGACUGGUUCAAGUCCGUCUUCAAGAUCCAGCAUGCAGCCAUCAUCGAGGCACAGGCCGACCGUCGUCAGGCCGCUGAAGAUCGCCGACAGGCCCUGGAGGACCGCGGUACGGACCGACAAAUCCUCAUUUCCGCUCACCAAUCCAACGCCGCCCGCAUCGCUCGCUUGGAAGACCUCCUCCUAGCGAUGAAUAUCAAAAACGAAGCGAAUGGCCAUCCAGUACAGCCCGCCCCGGGCCGAGUUGACCUGCAAAAGUUCCGUACGUCGGACGGCCCAAUCUACCGGGGACCGUUCCAGGAAACCGAGCCAUUCCUGCGAUGGAUCCAUGGCGUACAAAUUUUCUUCGACACUAAAGACGUCAGCAACGCGGCCGACAAGAUUAGGAUCAUUGGCAACUUGAUCGCGGAGACAAACCUACAGUCCUUCUACGCGAACGAAGCAACCGGAUUCCUCACCAAGUCGUGGGAGGAAUUCAAGACUCGGCUGUUUGAUUUCGCUCUCCCCUCCAACUGGCGGUCGAACUUGCAACGACAGGUCCAGAAACUCGAAAUGUCCUCGAGCGAAACCUUCCUCCAGUACAGUACGCGAGCACGCACGCUACAAAGCCUUUUCAACUUUGACGCCGCGGCGAGUGCGAAGCUUGGGGACCUACAAUUAGCACAAUUCUUAGUUUACGGGUUGACGGAUGCUUUACAGGAUCGGAUCAACGAACGCCAGCUCCUCGAGACGGUCCCAUUUGCCUAUGGCCCGUUCGAGAAGCAGGCUAAUACGUCCUUCCUUGCACUGCAACGCCCUGCCGGAACACCAGCCUCGCUCCGUCCAUCGUCGAAUACAUCACCGAAUCUAUCCCGGGACGAAUUCAUCUGGCGGGUACAUUCUUUCCUCGACUCACGGGGCCUCUGUCACUUCUGCAAAAAACACUGCGGCAAUGUGAACGGUGGUUGCCCAGGACCUUUAAAUAGGGCCCAUGUCGACAUCCCAGCUAACUAUCAAGCCCCCACGAAACCGGCCGACUACUCAGCCCCACGCGCUUGGAGUAACCCAUCCGGCCCAUCGUCCACCGCAGGAAAACCCACUCAACCUCCUGCAGGUCGACCUUCAACCCGGGCCGCAAGCGUCGCAGGCGUUACAGACGUCACACCCCUUGAAGCCCAAGUCUGGGCACUACAACUGGAUGCAGCAAUACGGGAUGACAGCCGUUGGGAAACUUACUUCGACGACGAAGGUUGCUAUCCUAGUAUGGAUCCGGCCGCUGUGGCGGCACUCGAGGACCUUGACAAGCAACUCCUCGCAAACGAGAUUGAGAAGGCCGAACAGGCCGACCUAGCAGAUGCUAUAGCGGGUUGCCCGGGACGCGCUUGA